CCUGAGAGAGACAGCACAACACUGAGAACGGAUUUCCCUAGGAGUUGCUCACUGCUACAACGCCACAACUCACAGCUAGGGGACAAAACACAACCCAACACACACUCACACACUCACACACAUCCAGCCGAGAGGAGGCUUUAUCCAUUUCUAACCGAGAGGCUUUGUGAAAUUUCUGUGUUUUGAGACCGAAGCGGACACAAACCCAGUCACAAUGGAAGAGAAUAUGGAAGAAGGACAGAAUUCAAAAGGGUGCUUUGAGUGCUGUGUCAAAUGCCUGGGCGUCCUCCCGUAUGCCUCGCUCUUUGCUACCAUCCUUCUGUACGCUGGGGUGGCGCUGUUCUGUGGCUGCGGGCACGAGGCCCUCUCUGGCACCGUCACCAUCCUGCAGAACUACUUUGAGGUAGUCCGAGCACCCAUGGAAACCCUGGAUGUCUUAACCAUGAUUGAUAUCUUGAAGUAUGUAAUCUACGGCGUGGCGGCAGCAUUCUUCGUCUACGGCAUCCUGCUCAUGGUGGAGGGCUUCUUCACCACCGGAGCCAUCAGGGACCUGUACGGAGACUUCAAGAUCACCGCCUGCGGACGCUGCGUCUCCGCCUGGUUCAUAAUGUUGACCUAUAUCUUCUUCCUGGCCUGGCUGGGUGUGACAGCCUUCACCUCGCUGCCCGUCUUCAUGUACUUUAACAUCUGGACCAUCUGUCAGAACACCACUGUGGUGGAGGGGGCCAACCUCUGUCUGGACCUGCGCCAGUUUGGCAUGGUAGCUAUCGGGGAAGAGAGGAAGGUGUGCACGGGCUCCGAGAAGUUCUUCAAGAUGUGCGAGUCUAACGAGCUGGACAUGACGUUCCACCUGUUCGUCUGUGCCCUGGCCGGGGCUGGGGCUGCCGUUAUCGCCAUGGUACACUACCUAAUGGUGCUGUCUGCUAACUGGGCCUACGUGAAGGACGCGUGCCGGAUGCAGAAGUACGAGGACAUCAAGUCCAAGGAGGAGCAGGAGCUACACGACAUCCACUCCACUCGCUCUAAAGAGCGUCUCAACGCAUACACAUAAAGCCCACGCCUCCCCCUGCCCCGUCCCCCUAUCCUUCCCCCCCUCUCCAACACACACACACACACGUCCAUGACACACAUGCAGCAGAACACACACAGAAACCACACAAGCUAUUCAGUGUCUGGUGUUUAUGUUCGUAGGGGCACAAGGGUAAGGGGGGUUUGGGGUGUUGUGUUGUGGGUGGUUUCGACUUCACUAAGCUUACGGGUGUGAUGAGAUAGGUUGUUCCUACGGGAUAUUGUGUGUCUUCUCUGACAAACCCUUCUUUCCUGUAUUGAGAUUUCCUUUCUAUUUCUCCUCCUCUUACUCCUCCCGUACCUCUACCUUUUCUUCUUCUUAGAUCCUACUCUUUCCCUCUUCCUCCUCUUCCACCUCUUCCUCUCUUUCUUCACCAUUUGCAUUUUGUAUAUUUUUCAGAGACAGCACAUUACUAGUAGCACAUGAAGUGAGUGACUCACUUGUCUUUUUACAAUGUGUCAUUUCUUUUUACCAUGUUGUUCUAUAUCUCAACAUCGAGUACUUCAAUUUAUUUAUGUUUCGUUUUAGGAGGGGUUGGGGUUUUUAUCACUUUUUAAUUCACAUUUCCGUGUAAUAUAUUUAUACGUUCCUAAAUGCUCGUCAUUCAACGGGGCUCUAAUCAUACAUAGUUUUUACCAUACAUUUUAUUUCAACAUAUCCACUUAACAAGACCAAAAUGUGACCAAACUUGUAUCAUUUACAGGUAAAUUACAGCAUAAUAAGCUUCUGAAACAGUAAGCAUCACCGGUAUAAAAACAAUGUACAGAAUCUUUUUUCUGAAAAUUAUUUUAUUGGUUGGGAGUGCCAGGGAUUCUCAAAUAAAUAAAAAAGUACCUUAAAGUGACUUUUUACAUAUUGCUAUAAGCGUAGCUUGGUCUAACUGUCAGAAAUGUAUGCUAGCUUUGUCGAGUAGCCUAGUCAUUGAAAGUGAAAAACACUGAUUGUCUGUCAAUAAUAAUAGUGUUCACUGUGAAAAAAAUAACAGUUGGUUGAGUGGUAAGUCAGCGGAGUGAUGAAGAUGAUGAUGAUGUGUAGUAGGAGGAAGAAAAAGUUUGUGGGAUUGACAUGACGUAGAAAUACAUCUGAUAGAAUGGCCUUUCAGGAUUAUGCCGUGGGGGAAACUCUGUAGAAAACCACUUCCUCAUCCGUCGUAAGCCAUAACUCACAUGCAAAUAACAUUUUACAGGUUUAAUUUUUAUAUGUUUUAAUCUUCCACUUUUUAAAUACAAGUUAUCAGAAGAAAAAAUAUGAGAUGGUUUUGUCAGUAUUCUGCUCUGUAUAUAUAUCUACAGUAUAUAAAUAUAUACAUAUAUGUGAAACACUUCAAUUUCAGGUCAUUCAUUUCAGUGGUCAAAGUUUGGUGAUAUUCUUGUGAACGUCCAUUUCAGAGAUACCAGUGAAAUAAAUAUGGUAACAAAAUCUAGACGGCAAGCGGAUGAACAAGCUUUAGGCCUGAAAGGGUCGUAUUGCUACACGUGGAAAAAGUUGAAUAUCACAUUGAGAGAUAACUUAACUGUCUGCAGGGUUGGGUUCAAUUCCAUUUCAGUCCAGUCAACUCAGGAAAUAAACUGAAAUUCUUCCAGAAUUGACUGAAUUAAAAUAAAACUGACCAAAACCCUGACUGUCUGUGAAGCUAUACUAAAAGACAAGAAAUGUCAAUAAAACAAAUAAAACAAUUAAAACUAUAUUACUCUUGAGUAUGGACCAAACUCUGUCUUAACUCUUUCUAGUACUCUAGUUCUGCAGUACAGCGUUUCAUCAUUCCGUUGGCUGACAACAGUCUUGUUGACAGUGUUUCUAACAAAAAAGAAAAAAAAUGUUUUUUGUGCACUUAUUCAACCAUUGUGAGCUCUUUCUUGGUGUUAAGUGCAUUUGGAUUCGAAGCUGAAUCUCUGUACUGUAGUCAUGCAGCAUUUGGUUAUUAACCGAUAAAAAAAUUACUUGUAUUAUCUAGGUAAAAAUAACCAUGAAGCUAGUUGUUAUUUGUGGCAUGGUUAUGCAUUCAGUGGUAAUAGUUUUUAACUGAUUCAAAAAGUAAAAAUAUCCUCUCUCUUUAUAAUUUUCAUUUCUAAUUUUUACGCUCGGACUGUCUGAGUCAACUGAUUUCUUAUAUGUGCAGUAUUGCGGUUCCUAAGCUAACAGUAUUAUGCUAAGUAAACAAACAGCCAAUUAGGUAGUAGUGUAUGAUUUUGUGUCCCUUCCUCCUUUAAAACCAUGUCUUAAAAAAUUGAUACUACUUGUUAUGAUGUUGCGUAUUCACUUCUUCAGUAUUAACCUGACAAUGCUUUCUGCUUUAUCCUCCCAUAUUAGUCUUUUGUAUUUUCACUAAGAAUGCUUUGUAGCAGGCUGUACGAUUCUUCAUCAUCUGUUUUGUACAUACAUGUGCCAACGGCUUAAACAGUGGCUUUUUUUUAACUGUAGGAACAAACUUGCUUGCGUUAAAUAAAAUACACUUGUGUACUUGUUAAUAAUUACA